CGUAACCCUUGACAGAAGUGCUUUAUGUGCCACGCCGAUCGGACGUAUUUGACUCGCAGAUAGAUUUCGGUUCGCUUUGGUUCGAUUUUAGUGAGAAGACUGAGUUAUUCGAAUUGAAUAUCCAAUACGAAAAUUUCUGAAGUGAUAUUUGUGAUAAUAUAUUUUGUGUAAUAAUGCCACGAAAGAAGCGCGCUUCCAGCCCCAUGGAUCUUUUUGACGACGAUUUCGAUGAGGAUGCCAGUUCUCAAAGCUCCCAGCCGCCGGUGCAGCGGAAUGCGGCCAACGCCCGGGAGCGAAUGCGGAUGCGGGUGCUUUCCAGCGCCUACGGACGUCUGAAGACCAAGCUGCCAAACAUUCCGCCGGACACGAAGCUCUCCAAGUUGGACACGUUGCGUUUGGCCACGCUGUACAUCAAGCAGCUAAUUACGGCCGUGGAAACGGGCAGCAAUGGCGGCCACUCCCAGCACCACCAGCACAACCACAGCCAGGGCCAGCACCUCAACCACAGCCACUCGAGCACCACCAGCUCCGAAGGCCUGGACACGAGUCACAUGGCAGAGGCGUCCGGAGGAGGCAAUUACCAUUUCCACAGCAACGGACACGGCAUGAGCUGGCCUUUCGAGUUCCACCAGAGCAGUCGCAGUUUGGCUUUUGCGCCGUCAUCUUCGACCACCUCCUCUCGCAUGGAUUGGCAAACGCUGCAUGCGCAAUCUUAUCCGAAGUCCACGCGAAACGAAGUCCAUGUUUCGGCGGAUCUCAGCUACCACCAGUCGCCGGAAUCCCAUAGUCACUGGUACCCGGCGGAAUUGCAUCAAAUGGAGCCAGCGUCCAGCUGUUCCUACGAAACUGGAAUGGGGCAGCAUCAGCGCGGUAUGGCCAUAGCCACCAGCCACGCCCAUGGCAUUUAAAUGAUAACUAAUCUAAACUUAUCUUAAAUGUUGUUCUCUCUCAAGCGAAAUGUAAUUUACCACCUAGUAAGUGUAUUAAAACGUGAUUUAUUUGUACAUGUAUUCCUAUGUCAAUCCUAAACUUAUACUAUUAUGCCAAAGAUUGGAGAUACCUCAUGAUUUUGUGUGUAGAAAAUAUAUCUUUGUUGUUUAACGAA